AGAAAUGUCUUUAUUCUUGUCGUUGUAUAUCGCUGUCUGUGACUGAUACGUUAUAAUUUUUUUGGGAGUUAAAAAUGUUUUGCAAUAAGCUGUGUUAAUUUGCAAAAAAUACUAAGUUGAUAUAUUUGUGUUAUUGUUUUAGACUAAAUUAAUUCUGGUUGGCGUUAGAAGAAAGGCGGGUGGUUAUGCUCGAAGCAUGCCGUCGACCUCGCGGUCGCGGGGCUCUGGCCGCGGGCCCGACGGCGCGCCACGGACGCAGGUCAUAGCGCCCAUGUCGGAGCGGCAGCAAUUGGCUCUUGUGAUGCAAAUAUCAUCACAAGAUGCCCCUCCAGCCGCUCCGACCCCUGCUGAAGAACGUAAACGCAGUAGACAACAGCGAAAUGAACGUGGCGAAACUCCUCUACAUGUAGCUGCUAUAAGAGGAGAUCAUGAACAAGUCAAAAAGCUUCUUGACCAAGGACAAGAACCCGAUGUCACUGAUUUCGCUGGUUGGACCCCUUUACACGAAGCAUGUAGUUAUGGUUGGUUACAAGUAGUAAUGGUUCUUGUAAAUGGUGGCGCUAAUGUGAAUGCGAAGGGAUUAGAUGAUGACACUCCACUCCAUGAUGCUGCUACUUCGGGGAAUCUGAAGAUGGUCAAGUUUCUUAUAGAGCAUGGUGCAGAGCCAUUUGUUAAGAAUACAAAAGGAAAAGCACCAUUAGACUAUGCAGCCCCACAUAUUUAUGAAUAUUUGCAGUCCCUGAAAGAUAAUAAUACAAGAGCUACACAUAUCGGAAGGACAAGGGAUGACAGCACCAAAAAAAGUGGCAAUGCAAGUACAAACAGUGAAGGCAGUAAAAGAACCAACAUGGAGAGCCUAGCACAGGGAGAAUUUGAAGGAAAGGAGGCUACCCCACAAGAGAAAGGAAGCAAUACUGAAAACAAAGAAGAAUGCACACAGUUGAGUAGCGGCGUGGUGUCAUCCACACAGGAUGACACUAACGUGACAACAAAGAAGAGUUAUGAUGAAGAGGAAUCAUCAGAGGAUGACGUUUCUAAGCGGAAAAAGAGGAAAGAAAAUGAUGAUAAGGAACCCAUGGCAAAGCCCCCUCCUGUCGCUAGAUCGGGUCCUGGCCGCAAGCCUCCGGGACCGGCAAGCAAAACAGGUGCGUCACCGCUUAACAAGGGCGGGGCCUCGCCAAACGUGAAUAAGGGAGCAGCCACCUCAUCCACUGGCAAACUUCAGGCUACGGGCAAAGGAACACCAGGAACUAAAGUAAAUGUUCAAAAUACACAUCAGAACAAAUCUGGCUCCGGUAAGGGAGGAGUAGGAUCACAGGCCAUCAAGCAAGAGAGACGGAGUCCAGUGGCUAGUCCGAAGCCAGCCCAAGUGAAAGAGGAAGAGCCUGAAGACCAGAAGCCACCAGAAACUACAGCACCAAAAGUACCACCAUUGAAGAUUGUAAUACCAGGAGGUGCAGGUGGCUCAGGCAGUAGAAAUGAACAAGAAGAAGGUGGGACAGGGCAGCGCGGUGGUGGAAAGGGUCGGGGCAAUGCGUCCACGUUACCGUACGUGAUCCCGUGCACGAGCGCAGACGCGGGACAAACAUCUGAUAGCUCAGAUGGCAACUGUGACGACAAGCGCCUGGGGGAGGGGGGCAAGGGCGGGCAAAGAGUUCUGCGUUCGCAUAGAACGAUUGACGGCGAGAAAGAUAAAGAGCGAACUUCGCCUCAAACUGGCUCUGAGAACCGAUCAGGCUCUGGAUCUAACCAAGCUUUGAGUUCAAAUAAAAGUCCUCCUCCCAGCUCAGUAAGUAGUAAUUCAAUGUUUAGAGCUAGACGCAACAAGAACGCGAAGAGACGGAGAAGUCGGUUACACGAUGAUGGCCACAGUAAAUCAAAUGCUAAGAGUUUUCAGGGUCAGGACGAUCAUGCUCCGUCGACGUCAUCUGGUGGCACAGGUGGGAGAAAUGAAGCAGACGGACCAGGAUGCAGAGGCCGGCGCUAUCAUUCUCCUUUAAAGUCUCCCAAGAGCACACGACAAUCUUACGGACUGGGGGGCAGAGGUCGCCGCACUCCUCCCUUAAAGUCUACAAAGAAAAGAGGACACUCUUCCGCUCCGGGGCCUUCCGUCGAGUUGCAUCCAAGGAAGCGGAAGAUCAAAGCGUCCAGGGAGAGCCACUCGCGGGAGCCGUCGAAGAGCGAGCACUCUGAGAACUCGAUCGUCACGCACAAUGUCACGCACUCCAACCCCUACCAGAUGUACAUACACAAGAGGAAGCAGAUCGAGCGCAGACAGAAGGCCUUAUUUCCAGUCAAGCCAAAGCCACCGAAAGAUUUCAACAAGUAUCUGAUGAAUCGUUGCACAUACACGCUACAGAACAACGUGAACCCAGAACCGCAAGUGGAUAUACCUGUUAACCUACCACAACAAAUGGUUAAAGAGUUUAUGUCUCAGGAGAGAGAAAGAACGAGGUUGCGGAUACAACAUCAAGUGGAGAAGGAGAAACUGGUGCUUGCUGUGGAACAAGAGAUACUGAGGGUGCACGGGCGCGCCGAACGCGCUGUGGCUAAUCAGGCACUCCCGUUCUCCGUGUGCACGAUCCUCCGCGACAAGGAGGUGUACAACGUGCUCGCGCCGGACCAGGAGGAGAAGCGCAACGCGCAGCGCUCCCGAUGCAACGGCCGCCAGAUCAACUCAUGGCUGCAGGAGGUGGACGAUAAGUGGGAGAAGAUCAAGGAAGGCAUGCUACGGCGUCAACACACAGAGGCGGAAACGUUACAUGCGGUGCAGAUGAUGGGAUGGGAGUGGAAGCUAAAGGAACUGGGGCUGUGCGACCACAAAAACACGCCCAAAAUCGAUCCUGCGCAUGUACCACAAAUACAUGUGUCAAAUUUUGAUUUGCCCGCUUGAGUUUUAAGUUCAUAUUGCCUGAGUUCAUGUAAGGCUAGCACGUUCGCGUGCCGGCAUAAAUACUCUAAAUUUUCCAUUUCAAAGAUCUACCAUUUUUAUAACACCAAUUGGUAAUACGAAUCAAGCGGAGCUACUAAAUUGAAUUUUAUAUAAAUUCGAUAUUUCUCGACCGUCGUCGAGCCUUUCUUAGGACUCUCCUGCGAUUUUAUUUCGGUGACGGGUGACUUCAAUCCUAUUCAUUUUUCAACAUCUUCAUCAUCACAAGUCAUGCGUUACCGAGAUGAAUCACACUCUAAAUUUAAUUUUGUAUGUCCUGAUCGUAAGAAUCAGACGUGAUAGCCCUUCGGUCCUCGAGGCCUCUUCUUAAAUCGCAUAUCUUCUGCGAUACACUCCACCAUACAUUUUAUGAAUUCUUUUAUUAAUUUAAUACUUUCUUUUAUUAUAAUUAUUAUUUUUUACACUCGGACACGGUACUAUCUAUCUGUAUUGUAACAUUAUGCAACUUUAUUUAACAACAAUGCACGAGGUAUAUUCGAUUCACAAAGGUACGUCCGAAUUACAAUACUGUUAGAUAGUAUUACAAUGACAUGAAUUAAUUUAACAUUUUAUCUAUUGAAAUAUGAUUAUUUUUUUAUAAAGAGACAUUGUAUUGAAUUUUAAUCAGUUAUGAAUAAUAAUUUAGCUGUAUAUAUAAAAGGAAAAAUAUUUUUUAAAUAAAAAGAUGAUAGCUAGGAUAAAGUUUUGUAAACAACUUACUUUUUUUAGUUACGCUUCGUGAUACUUCAUCAGCGAGGCUAGUAAAAGCGUACUUUGUUUUAUUAUGUAGUAUAAUUUAAUUGAUUUUAAUUUAAACUUCAAAUUGAAGCUUAAUAUUUUAACUAACUUCUAAGAUCUCCCCUUUACAUCAUAUCAUACAAUAUGAUUUAGUUAUAAUUACACUUAUUAUUGUCGUAAUAUACUGUGAUAUAGUUGAUAUCAGAGUAUUGCUACGACAUUUUAACGACUUUACAUUUUAAUUCAUAACUGUAUCUAAUUAUUUACAAUAUAAAGCUGAAGAGUUUGUUUGUUUGAACUUGCGUACCUCAGAAACUUCUGGACAGAUUUUGUUGGAAUUUGGACAGAGAUAGUUUAAGACUUCAGAAAAAAAGAGAAAAAUUCAAAUUAUAUUUAUUUGCAGGAAUGUACUUAUACAUUAUAUAUUUUUGUCCCGUAAAUCCCACAGUUAAUGAACUGUGUGGGGAAUAAUCUGAGACUGUCCAUCUUUUCCGUUACGACGCGGGCGGAAAGCUAAUAUUCUAAUUUCUCCAUGUAGUUGUCCAUAAAUAUGUAUUUAUAAUAAUGAUGACAUUAUGAUAAUGAUGUAUUAUAUAUUUUAAAAAUAAUGAUUAGUUCGCCAUUUAUUUGAGAGUAUUUAUUGCGCAAAAUGUUAAUUUUAUAAUGUAGACACUCUUAUUUUAGAUACCGACAGGGUCAUCGAAUAAUAUUUUUAUGCAACUUAAAUUAUUUAAAAUAUUAUUUGAUGUGUGUAUUGCAAACGAUUUCCUAUUAAAGAUCUCAAUGUACGUUUUGAUUCAUAUUGUGCAAGUAAUAUUUGAUGAAAUGUUAAAAAAAAAUUAAGAAAUGUUAAGCAUAUAAAUACUCUCAAUAAUUUCGAAUUGUUUGAUCUUAUUAUUUUAAUGUAUUAAUUUAAAUAUAAAUAUAGUUUCUCUGUGAUUUUAAUAUUUUUAAGGAUUCGCAUGAAAUAUUUUACAAUUUAUAAUUAAUCGAAUGAGUUUGAAUUAUGAGUUAAUUUCAACUUUUAUUAAAAUGAUAUAAUCUUA